CGUCUACGCUGCUCGACCAUCUAUGAGCUCGACGCUAUCGACGUCAUGUUUGUGAUGUUUGUACCUCUUUAGAUUAGAUUACAACUUUAUUAUCCAGAGGUUUCAUAACACUCGACAACGCGUAUAUUGCCGACAAAAUGGCAGCGCUCUGACCCUCCGUCCAGAUGAGCUCUAAGAACAAGAAGCGGGCGCUGCUGCCGGCGCGGCCCGAGAGCCUCUCCGUGGACCGGGUCCUGGAGGACCUGGCCUCCGCCCCGCCCCGGGACCCCGUCUUCAGCAUCCUGCAGACCCCCCACCCAGGCACCCAGGGGUCAGAGGUCACCUACCAGCAGGGUCGGCGCUACCUGGAGGUCAACCAGAGGCUGCUGGAGGUCAGAGGUCAUCUGGGCCUUCAGAUGGAGGGGCUGCACUCGGCCGGGGAGCAGCUGGAGCGGACCGUGACCGAGGUCAAAGGUCGGGCUCUCUGAGUCCCUGUGGGUCUGACCUCUGACCCUGACGGUGUUCAGAGUGGACUGUCUGUACUGUGGAAGGAUCGUCUAUCCCUGAGGAGCCCACACUGUCAAACCCUCUCUGUGUCGUCCCACUCCUGUCAAUAAAGUUGUACCUGAUAA